UAAUAAUCAAAUUCUCCGGAGCACUUUGCGGUGUGGCAGCCAGCCAGAAAGGGUUUCUUUAAACUCCACCAGCUCACAAUUAAACAAAUCCGGGGCUGACGCUACUCGAUAGGCGCUUAUUCCCCUCCCUGAGAGCUGCCGGGGGAUCCGGGGGGGUCCAAGCCCUUCGUUCCCAGCUCCGGUAGCACCUCACCGGAUGGGGCUGCACCCCUGGGUGUGGGACCCGGCUUCGGAGCGGGUUUGGGUGGGGAACGGGGUGUCCGCGGUGCCAGCGCUGCUCCGAUGGAGGAGCAUCCCCCUGCGAGAGCACGCUGCUAUUUUUAGUCGCUGAGUCCUUGUUGAUGGCACAGCAGCGAAGGCGAGGGAGCAGCCGGAGGAGCAGCAGGGCUGGAUCAGGCCCCGCGGGAUGAGGCAGCAGCUGGGAAGCAAGGCCGGCGUGCAGGGAACCGGGGAACGCCCUUUGCCCCCUGGGGCUGAGGCUUUGGGGGUCUCGGGUGCUUACCGAGGGUCCCUGCCACGGGAAGUCCUGGGCUGCCUUCAGAGGGCUCCGGAUCCGGCCAUGCCAUGUCCCUGCCAGGCAAGGGGAAGGGGGAGGAAAGGGGAGAAGGCAGGGGAGGAAGGAAGGAGGGAGGAGUAGUGGGGAGGAAAAUAACACGGAAUCCAGCCACGCAGCACAAAUCCUCCCGAGCAGCAGGCGGGCUGCAGGCCACUGUGUGUGCUGGCCUGGCAAUGCCAUGCAUCAACCCCUGUGCCAUGCAUCAGCUCCCGUGCCAUGCAUCAACCCCUGUGCCAUGCAUCAACCCCCGUGCCAUGCAUCAACCCCUGUGCCAUGCAUCAACCCCCGUGCCAUGCAUCAGCCCCCGUGCCAUGCAUCAGCCCCCGUGCCAUGCAUCAGCCCCUGUGCCAUGCAUCAGCUCCCGUGCCAUGCAUCAGCCCCCGUGCCAUGCAUCAGCCCCAGCACCGUGGCAGCAUGACCCUGUGCACCAUCACGGCCCCAGGCUGUGCCCUGGCGCUGGGAGGUGCAUCAGGUCCUUGUGUGUCCCCCAUGAGUGAGAUGGGGGCUGUGCUGGGGUGUCCGUGCUCCCUUGGCACCAAGGGGAUGGAUGCUCUGUGGUGGCUGUAGCCAGCAGUGAGCACAGCACAGGGACAGGGUGGUGCUGGUGCUGGUCACCGUGGUGGCCCCAGGUGCCUGCCCUCUCCCUUCCAUGAGCCCUGGCCACAGCACGGCUUUGCCAAGGGCAGGUGUCCAGCCACAGCCAUGCACCGACAGCCCUGUAUCGAUUCCCAUCUCAGAGGCAGUGGCUGGAAGCUUCUUCAGGGUCAGGAGAGCACAUCCAGCAGGGACAGUGAGUGGGCAGGGCCCCUGGGACCAGCCACAGCCACCUCCCUCUCCGGGGGAAGGCCGUAACCUCCCUGCUGUCGACAGCUUGAUUUGAUGCCAUUAAAGCGUUUGCUCGCAAACAGCCUGCAUCAGGCACAACAUCUGGCACGGCCCUUCCCCGGCAACGCUGUGGCAGAUCCGAGGGCAGAGCUGGCCUCUGGCUCUGCCAACAGCUCCGGGUGCUGCUGGUGAUGAGCGUGUCCCCUCCCAGGGGCCCACAGGGACAUGGGACCGUGGCUCUGGGCUUGUAGGAUUUCAGCUGGAACACGUUCCCUCUGUGCAUCCCCACCUCUGCGUGCCGGUGACUGAUCCGUCCCCUCGCACCGUGCGCUUUUGCUCAUCCCGACAUUGUCCCAUCUGUUUGGAAAAUUAACAAUAAUUAAUUAAUAACAAUAAUUAAUUAAUCACGAUAAUUAAUAAUAAAGGAGAAAGGGGAGAAAAGCUCCCCCUAAAGCUUCAGCCUAGGGUCUUCUCAAGCCAGUUUCAUUUUUCAAACCCACUCCCACACAGCAUGAAGGGCCCUUUGCUCCCAUUAAUUCUCCCACCACAGCCCAGGGCUGCCCCACAGCCUGCCUUUGAUUUUCCUGCCUUUGUUCCAGCAGCACCGGCACAGGGCUGGCACAGGACACCAUGCUGUGGCAGGGGCUUUUUGUGCCAGCUUUUCAGAUUUUUUUGACCCAUCUUUUCCCUGGAAUUUAGGCUUUAGCUGCAUCCAGUUGUCCACAGAGCCUGCAAGAGGCAACUGCAAUAUGUGACAUGGAAAACAUCCCAAAAGGGGAUGGGGAACAGGGAGGGAUGGGGUGCUGGGCUGGUGUGGGUGGCACCGAGCCUAGCUCCAGUGGUGCCCGAGGACACUGUGUGCUUGGUGCAUGCCUGAGCAGCUGGUGUUUAUGGAAACAGAGCUAAGUAAAGCCCUGUGUGUGUGUGUAGACCCCAAAAAGGUGCUGAGGUGUUACUGGUGGGUGCUGCAAGGAAGAGGGCUGAGCUGGGACUCAUCAAACCAGCAGUGUAGUUUAAGUGGCUGUGGCAGAACUGCCAGCAAAGGGACCAUGUGGUGUUUGCCAUGUUGUGGCAGUGGCAUGAGGGUGAUGGAGAGACAUGUGGGGACACACAGAAAUCCAUGUCCCAGCUCAAGGCUUCCUGGUUCCACAGGGAAGUGUGCCAGGAGCUGGGAUGGGCUUGGACAGACGCUGCCAGCGUCAGACCCCAUCCUCUCCUCUUGUUAUACUCAUUGCCUUGAGGGAGGCCGAGGGGACAGCACUGGGGAUGUCCCUGGACAGCAACAGACCCUUGGGGCUGCCCUAACCCAGACUGACAAAUCUCUGUCUCAUCCAGGCUUGUGUCCACCCCAGGACCUUCAACCCACUGGUGCUGGGGACAGGCAGGAUGCAUCCCCCUGCCACCAAGCCCUUCAUUAGCCCCCACAAGCCACUUGACUGCCUUAAGAGAUCAAACCAGUGACCCAGGUGUGUCCCUGCCCCCAGAGCAAGAGGGGUGAGGAAAUGGGGAGCUUUAAUGACGACGGUGCCGAGGCACUCGGUAAUGACGGCUGCUGGCGGGAGCAGACAGCUUCCAGAUGGCAUCGCGCCGGGGCAGGGGGAUCGCUGGGGCCGGGGGGGCUGCGGGAGGCAGCAGCCGGCAGAGAUGGGCAGAGCCAGCCAGUUGAAAUGACUUUUUUUGCAGCAGAGCCUGCGGUUCUGGCCCUCCGCGCUGCUGCUUCCAGUAAUUAGCCCAAUAAUUAAAAAGAAUGGCGAUAAGAGGGGUGUGCAGAGGCGCUGGCAGGAUCCCGGCAUCCCUGGGGAGGCGCGUGAGAAGGGCGGGAGUGAUUUGCGGAUGUGAGGGGUGGUGGGUGUGUGAAACACGAAGCAGAGGGACCCCGACAUGGUGUGGGGGGUCACUGCACCAGGUGACCAGGCAGGGAUGGGUGGGCAGCAGGGAUGGGCAGCUUCAGCAGCAGCAGGGGCAGGAGGGUGGCUGAGCCCACUGCAGGCGGGGAGGAGGCAACCAGACCCCAGCACCCUCCUGCCCAUGGGCACAGUGCUGCGAUGCAGGGAGAUGGGAUAGAGGAGGAUGCAGGAUGCUGCAAGAUGGAGAUGCAGCGCCAGGCAAUGCGAUGCAGGGCGACACGGCACGAUGACACAGAGCCAGCUGCUGCCCUCCGGGGCGGUGCAGCGCACAGGGAUGGGAUGCAGGGCAAUGGGAUGCUGUGCAGGGCAAUGAGAUGCAGGGCAAUGCAAGCCGAUGCAAUGCAGGGCAGCACGAUGCAGGGAGAUAAAAUGCAAGGUGAUGUGGUGCAGGGUGAUGUGAGGUGAGGCAGGAGGAGGCGAUGCAGGGCAAUGCAAGGCAACACAGUGGUGCAGGGAGUCGAAAUGGAAAGUGAUGCGAUGCAGGAUGAGGCAAAGCAAUGUGAUGCAGGGCGAUGCAAAUCAGGGUGAUGAAAUGCAAGGCAACACGAAGCAAGGGUAGGUAGUGGGAGGCGAUGCAAUGCAGGGCAAAUUGGGGCAAUGCAAUUCAGGGUGAAUGCAAGGCAACAAGAUGCAGAGGUGGAACACCAGGUGAAGUGUUGGAGAGCAAUGCAAGGCCAUGCAGGCAAUUCAGUGCACCAUGGGGUGAUGCCAGACAAUGCAGGGCAAUGCGAGGUGAUGCAGCAUCACGUGCUGUGUUCCAGGGCGGCUGUGAGAUGAUGCCCAGUGGGGCAGUGCCCAGCAGCUGAGGUGAGGCGAGGCAAUGAUGUCCCCAUGGUGCAGGUGACACCGGCCUUCUCGGCCUUCUCGGUCCCCGGCCCACCGCGGUGGCGACGCUUCAUUUGAAUUCUCGCCUCUCUCUCUUCGCAGAUAACAAGCCCGCGCCAUGCAGUCCUUUCGAGAAAGGUGUGGUUUCCAUGGCAACCAGCAGAGCUACCAGCCGACUUCACAAGAUACAUCACGCCUGGAGAAUUACAGGCAUCAAAGUCAGGCAGGGCCGAACUGCGAGCGGCAGAGGCUGGUGGCGAAGGAGUACUACAGUCAGCAGCAGCUGCCGUACGCGGGCUAUGAGAACAGCGCCGUGGAGAAAUACCACCGGGGAAACAAGCAAUUAGCGGGGCAGCAGCUGCAGGGCAGGCCAGCCUUUUCCAAUUACACCGUGCAGGAGAACAGCCCUUAUCCGGCCCGGUAUUCCGGGGACGAGAGCCUGCAGGCGUGGGGUGGCCAGCCACAGGCACUGCCCGGCGGCGUGGCCAAGUAUGAGGACAACCUGAUGAAGAAGACAGUGGCAUUGGCGGGUGGGCGGCCAUACCAUGAGCCAGCGGCCACCUCGCUGCCCUUCCGGACUCAUUUCCAGCAGCAGCCUCAGCAGCAGCAGGCGCAGCCACAGCAGCAGCAGCAGCAGCAGCAGCCGCCCGCACUCCCCUACCCCAAGCUGCAGCGACAGAAACUGCCCAACGAUGUCUCCUCACCCAUGCCCUUCUCACAGAGCCCUCAUUUCGGGCAGCACUCCCAGUCCUUCCCUGCUUCCUCCACCUACUCCUCGGUGCCGGGAGGCAGCCCCAACCGCAUCGGCUACGAGCAGCCCCCGCAGCCGCCGCCGCAGCCCCCGCAGCCGCCACCACCGCAGCCCCCGCAGCCACCGCAGCCCCCGCAGCCCCCGCAGCCCAUGCAGGGGCGGCAUCACGCCUCAGAGACCCUCCACUACCAAAACCUGGCCAAGUACCAACAUUACAACCAGCCAGGCCAGACCUACUGCCAGGGCGAUGCGCCGCCCGUCCGGACGCCCGAGCAGUACUACCAGACCUUCAGCCCCAGCGCCAGCCACUCGCCGGCUCGCUCUGUCGGCAGGUCCCCAUCCUACAGCUCCACUCCCUCCCCUCUGAUGCCCAACCUGGAGAACUUCCAAUACAGCCAGCAGCCACUGAAUGCUGGUGCCUUCCCGGCCGGCAUUGCUGACCACAGCCAUUUCAUGCCGCUGCUGAACCCUUCUCCCACUGAUGGGACGAGCCCUGAUGCUCAAUCUGGGAACUGCAAAAACUUGCAGAAGGAGAAGCUGCCCGAAAACCUGCUGUCAGACCUGAGCCUGCAGAGCCUGACGGCACUCACCUCCCAGGUGGAGAACAUCUCCAACACUGUCCAGCAGCUGCUGCUCUCCAAAGCAGCUGUACCCCAGAAAAAGGGCAUCAAGACCCCAGCAAGGACCCCCGAGCAGCUCAAGGGGCAGCACUGCAGUCCUGAGAGCAGCACCUACUCGGCAGAGCAGGUGGGGACCCCCCUGUCUGACCCACUGAGCACCCCCCAGUCUGUCCACGCUGAGACACAGGACACCGACUAUCUCAGUGGGUCAGAGGAUCAGCUGGAGAGGAGUUUCCUGUACUGCAACCAGAACCGCAGCCCUGCCCGCGUGAACAGCAACUCCAAGGCAAAGCCUGAGUCAGUGUCCACCUGCUCUGUGACCUCUCCAGAUGACAUGUCCACCAAAUCAGAUGACUCCUUCCAGAGUAUCCACGCCACCCUGCCGCUGGAGACCUUCACCAAGUAUGUGAGCAAUGAACGGGACUGCCCCCGACUGCUCCUCAGUGCCCUGUCCCAGGAGGAGCUGGCUUCUGAGAUCAUCGUCCUGCAGGAUGCCAUCAGCGAGAAGGCAGACAAAGCCUGGGCCAACUUGCCCAUGCUGGGCAAGGAGACCACCAAGUCCCCUUUCCAGCUGGAGAACCACCGUCCCAGCCUGGACUCCAUGGUGAAAGGUGCCUGGCCCAGCCAGGGUGACUCCAGCACGCUCACUGAGCCCCUCAAGCUGGACAAAGCUUCAGGGGCCAGCACGGGGAAGGACUUUAGCGAGGAGGUGUACGAGGGUUCCCAGGUGGAGUUUGCAGCCACUGAAAGCAAGGAUGUGCUGAAGGACACUGCCCCACUGGCCUUCAACUCCAAGCCCAGCAUGCCGGCAGCGACGUCAAGCGCGGGUGCCACCGGCUACAGCUGCUACUCAAACACCACCGCCAACUCGGUGGCGUCCGAAAAUGCCAUGGAGCAUUUUGACUGGCCGGAGGAGAGCCUGGGUGAGGCCUGCCUGCGGUGGAAAGAUCUUCAGGCCACCGACCUCCCCAAGGGCUUGUUCCCCAGCAAAUUGGUGAGCUCCUGCAAGGAGAAAAAAAACGCCUGCGGCUUGGACCUGUGCGAUGGAGAGCAGCCAGCAAAGAGUGAGCCGGUCCAGGACUUUGGCCAGCAGGUGAUGGAGGAGGAGGAGGAGACACUGACCUACGAUGAAGCAACAAAGGCAGACAGUGAGAGAUGGCUGCAGGAUACCCGGCACUGCUGCUCAGCUGGGGACUUCAGUGAGAUCCCCAUCAUCUCCUCGCCAGAUCUGAAGGAGUCAGACCUGGAGGCAGAGGAGUACUCCUCACUCUGUGAGCUGGCUGGCUCGGAGCAGAAGUCAGUGACGUACGAUGCCUCACCACCCAAGCCUCCGGAGAUGCCAGCUGUGCUGUCCUCCAGCGAGGUGCCUGUGUCUGCUGAGGAGACUGUCAGCACAGUGGAGAAGGAGAGCUCAGCUUCCACCCCACGCCUCUCUGGCCAGUCUGUCAUCCUUCUGGGCCCUGCUGUGGGCACAGAGACCAAGGUGAAGAGCUGGUUCAAAUCCUCUCUGCCCCACAUCCAGCCUGAGGAGGAAAAUGGCAGAGGGGAGACGUCCCACCUGGAGGCAGCUGAUGCUGAAUCCACCUCAGCGGUAAUGGUGAAGCAGCAAAUCACACCCGAAAAUGUGCUGGGGAAGAUGGAGCCUGUCUCACGGGGCAAGAGCCUCCGCAACAAGAGGGUCCACUGCCGGCUGCCGGAGGGGGAUGGCCCCGGCAGCACCGUGCUGAGCCCAUUCGAUGAGCUGCCAGCAGCCAGCAGCGUGGCCGGUGCCUGCCUGGGGCCAGACGGACAGACGGAGGUACCGAGCAAGAGUGCCCAGAGCCAAACACCCCGGUUUCCAGCCGAGGGUCUGCCGGCGCGCAUGUGCACCCGCUCCUUCACCGCCCUGGCCGAGCCCCGCGCCCCUGCCCCCCUGGAGGGACUGAAGGCCCCCGCGCACCAGGAGAAGCUGGGGAAGAAGCCCGGCUGUGGCGUGAAGCAGCGGGUGGCUUUCAAAACCAGGAAGCGCAACAGCCGGCCCGCUCCCAGGGUGGUCCAAAACACCAGUGAUGCCACCCUCCUGGUGCCCGGCUUGGUGGCGGCAGAGGAGGUGGCAGGGCCGACACCGCUGGAGGGGGAUGCAGUGGAAGCCGGGGAGAGGGACCAGAGGUCGAUGAUCCUGCGCUCCCGGACAAAGACACAGGAGGUUUUCUACACCAAGCGGCAGAGGGGCAAGCGGGCAGCUGAUGUCCGGCUGAAGAACUGCAAAGCACCCAAAAAGCUCAUAUCCAACAACCAUCUCCCACCUGCCUUCAAGCUGCCAGCGCCAGGCAGCCCCCACAAGGAGGGCAAGGUGGGUGCCCGGAUGAAGCUGCCCAAAGCAGGGCCGGGCGUGGGGGGCAAGAUGUCGGAGCGGCCGCUGCACUCACUGAAGAGGAAGUCCACCUUCAUCUCCCCCAUCCCCACCAAGAAGAGGAACCUGGUCCUGCGGAGCAACAGCGGUGGUGUGAAGGAGGAGAAGCCAGAGGGUCCCCCCAGCCUCUUCAAGAAGAUGCCGGUGGCCAAGAAGGUGAAAGCCAAGCUGCCCCCCAAGAGCUCUGGCGAAGCCAUCCCGAAGCCCCCCCUGCCAAAGGAGGCUCCUGAUGUCUGCAUCAAGAUCACCUCCCGGGCGGCCUUCCAGGAGGCCACCAAGACCAAAGUGCUGCCUCCCCGCAAGGGCCGCGGCCUCAAGCUGGAGGCCAUCGUCCAGAAGAUCACCUCACCCAACCUGAAGAAGUUCACCUGCAAACCAGCGGCCACAGCAGUGGCAGCCACGGUAGCUGCCUACGGCUCCUCCCUGAGCCCGGCUGGGGCAGAGCGGGUGGUGAAGCACAGUGGGGUGGCUGUGGCAGUGGGCGAUGCGCGGCUGCCCAAGCUGGCGGCGGCACAGAAGGUGCCCACAAUGCCGGUGGCUGAGCCGCUCUGCCGGAACCCCAACGGCCGAGCACCAAAGGGGAAGCCGGGUGGUGGGAAGAAGCUGCCCCAUGACGGCUGCCAGGGAGAGGCUUGUGGGUCAACGCCGGGGGGGACCCAGUCCAGCCCCAACAUGGUGGCCAAGAACCUGGGGCUCCUGCCCAAGAAGAGGAACCGCAAGGGCAAAGCAGCAGCGCUGGGCAUGGCCAAGGUGCCCCUGAGCCCUGCUCUGCCACCAGCACUGCCCCGGGAGCGCGUAGCCGGCCCGGGAGGUGCGGAGGAGGCGCCUCGGGAGAAGAAACCAAAGACUGAGGAGAAGGAGGCGGGGAGCAGUGAUGGCCCUCCUGAGGGACGCUCCGCCGCCGGGCCGGCGCGGGGGCCGAAGCCGCGGGCCAACCACUCCAACUACAACGGCUACUCCAAGCGGCAGCGGAAGCGUCUGGGCCACGGCAAGGCCAAGGCGGUGCCGGCGCGGUGCAAGAGCCGCGGGAAGCGGCGGCGGCAGCAGCCCCAGCAGGCCCCGCUCCUGCACCCCGCCGAGCCCGAGAUCCGGCUCAAGUACAUCUCCUGCAAGCGGCUGCGGGCGGACAGCCGCGCCCCGCCCUUCGCUCCCUACGUCCGCGUGGAGCGGCGCGGAGAGUUCUCCACCACC